CGGUCCCAUGCUACGAUCGGAUGGUCUCACGCAAAUGACGCAAAGUGAAGUCCGAUGGGGAUACAAAUGACACAAAAUUGUAAAUGUCAUAUUUGAAUUUUGAUAUUUAUAAAGAAGAUAACGGGGAAGAUCUCACUGUACUGCUCCAUGAUUAUACAAAGUCUAGAGGUGUAGGGUGGAGUACGGCGUAAAUCUCAGUCACUGAUUUCAAAAAGUUGUGAGAAAUCAUUCACGAAUUUUGAUGAGCGUUGUACUCGCAGAGCACGUGAGCUCUGAAAGGAUGCGUGUGAAUGAAUAAAUAAAUCUGAAUGAGUGAAUGGUAAAGCAUCAAAAUGGGGAGAAAUUCGAAAAGUAACUGCAGCAAAAAACAAGCAAGAGAUACAAGAAAAAAGAUGAAAUCAACAAAGGAGAAUCCUUUCGAAGUUCGGGUCAAUAGGCUACGCUAUGAUAUUUUGGGGAGAAAGUUGAAGCACGAGAAAGGAAAUCCUGGCGUUUCACGAUCAAAAGGAAUCAAGAAACGAGAGAAAAGUUUGUUAUUGGAAUAUAAGAAACAGAAAAAGGCAAACAUAUUUAUUGACAGAAGAUUUGGAGAAUAUGACGAAAGUCUUUCUUUGGAAGAGAAAAUGUUGAAACGCUUUGCAGCAGAGAAGCAGAAACAUCAUGAGAAAACUGGUAUGUUUAAUCUUGAAGAUGAAGAUCUCACUCAUUUUGGACAGACUCUUGAGGACGUAAAACAUUUUGAUGGUCCCAUAGUUAGUGAUGAUGAAAGUGGAGAAGAGGGCUUCAAGAAUGAGCAUAACUUUGGAGGUUUCUUAGAAAGAAAAACUGAACAGGAUCCUACCGAGCCUCGAAGUAAAAAAGAAAUAAUGGAUGAAAUUAUUGCCAAUGCAAAAGUUAAGAAGCACGAAAGGCAAGUGGCACGUGAGGAAGCUGAGGCCAAACGCCAGUCUCUGGAUGAGGGACUCGAGAGUAUUCGAAAUCUUCUAAAGUUUCGAGCUAAUGGUGACAAGGUGAAACAAGCGGAUGACUAUGACGUAACUGUUAGAGAGAUGGCUUUUGAAGUCAAAGCUCGGGCGAGUGAUAAAAUGAAAAGCGAAGAGCAAAUUGCAAAGAUGGAGGAAGAAAGGCUGCAAAACUUGGAGUCUGAGCGAAUCAAAAGAAUGAAAGGGUUUGAAGAUGAGGAACACCAACCACGUAGCAUGUCAGCUGAUGCUCUUGUUGAUUGCUACUCCAUAGACACCGAUAUCAGAUCACUACUAUCAUAUCGAGAUGGGAGAAUAGUCCUACCACAGGAUGAUCAUGAUCAUGGUGAUGGUGUCGAGGAGGAUGAAAAUAAUGUGAAUGAAACAGAAGCAGAUAAUAAUGAUGAUGAUGAUGAUGGUAAAAAUGAUGAUGAUGGUGAUGAUGAUGGUGAUGAUGAUGGUGAAGAUGAUGGUGAAGAUGAUGGUGAAGAUGAUGGUGAAGAUGAUGGUGAAGAUGAGGAAGAUGAAGAGGAAAUUUCCUCUCAUUCUGAUAUUGAGUCAGAUCAUGAGAGCUCGGAUGGCGAAAUGCUUCCUAAAGACGCGUCGAAGUUGAAGUCUACCAAAACCAGGAGCAACACAAACACUGAAGACCUUCCCUACACAUUUGCUGCGCCCGAAAGCUUUGAACAAUUCUACACACUUGUUGAAGACAGAUCAACCCACGAUAUGUUAACGAUCGUCGAAAGAAUACGAAAAUGUAACCAUCCUAAACUCGAUCCUCGCAAUAGGUGUAAAAUGGAGGAUUUCUUUACCAUGUUGUUAAAAUACAUUGAUGACCAUCUCCUCUCCGAAAAUCCGCCUUGUUUGCAAGCCGUGGAUGGUUUAAUUAGCCAUUUAUUUCAUCUUGCUCAAGAGAUGCCGCUUCAUGCAGCGAAGACGAUGCAAGCAAGGCUCGUCGGGAUGCGAGAUAAUUUUUAUAAACUGAGUCGCAAACGGAAAGUCCCGGAUUUAAAAACGGUUGUCACAAUACGAAUUGUCUCCGCUUUGUUCUCAACCUCCGAUUUCCGACAUGUCAUAUGCACUCCGGUCAUGUUGUUUAUGGGUCAAAUCUUAUCGCAGAUUUCAGUCGUCACACUACGCGAUGUAUUCAUUGGGUUAUUUAUGUGUACAUUAGUCCACGAGUUCGUUAGAAAAUCCAAACGUUAUGUACCGGAGGUUAUCAAUUACCUAACUGGAGUGUUGUUUUUGGCAUCGGAGAAGACUGGUGAUAGAGGCAAGGUGUUUCCACCUUUCAAUGCUACUUCAAAGCACGUAGAAAUUCUCAGAAUUGGAACGGAUGAAAACUCUGGGAGCGAACUGAAGCCUGUCAGUAUUGAUAGAAUUUUCAUGGAUGAAAUAGAUGAAACAGAUUGUUCAAGGGAAACUGCUCUUUAUUCGUGUCUUGUACUGUUAAUGAAAUUCACGACUCUCUACGAUGAAUUCGUGAGCUUCUUUGAAAUAUUUCAACCAGCUGGAUAUCAUUUAAAGAGGAUUCCUGCUGCAAAUCAUUCCUCCAAGAUUCAGUGUUUACUGACCGAUCUAACGAGCAUUCUUGAAAAUCACUCGACCGAGCGUCAACCGCUGACAAUGCAGACCCGUCGCCCCAAAGCGAUACAGAUGUUCGAGCCGCAGUUUGACGAACACUAUGAAGUACGACGCAAGCAUACCUCUCGCAAUAAACAAGUGAACGAACGACAAAAACUUCGUUACAAGCACAAGAAGGAAUUUAAGGGCGCUUUGAGAGAAAUACGCAAAGACAGUCAAUUUUUGGCUAGACAACAGCUUCAGGAACAAUCGCAAAGGGACGCCGAGCGGGCUCUCAAGACGAAGAAAAUUCAGGCGAUGUUAUCAAAUCAACAGGCGGAGGCGAACGAAUUUAACCGUAAGAAACGAAAGAAGAGAGCGUAAUAGACGUUAUACGAACAAUAUUUUUACGUGAAUUCCUUUUGUAAAUAUACUUUUUUUGUAAUUUA